CUCUGGGCUGUCCUUGGGGUGAAAAGGACAGGACUUGACUUUCCAGCCAACAUCAGACAGCAGCAGGUUUGCCUGCAGCCUGGCCAAGAUUUUCUGCACCCUCUCUGAGAGAUCACUGUCUGCCAUCCUUUCUGCACGCCUGCAGCUAUCCUUCCAAUACAGUAAAUUAUGCCCCUUGCCCCACUGACAAACUGACCCAGGACUGAACUACUGUGUGCAGCUGACCUGAAAUCAUGUACUGGUGUGCGAAAAGGAAUGUUCCACUUUGCCUUAAGGACAAAAAAAACUCCCUAUACACAACAUUUCCAGAUCAUAUCAGAUUCUAUUAAUGCUUAUCAACAUCAACAUCAUGGAAGGUUUAAUUCCAAGACGGAAAAGAUCAAGUUUUCUUCUGGCUGUUGGAUUGGGGAUAAAAGUCUCCCCCAUGUAAAAGUGGAGUAUUCCACAGGAGGUCAACUUGAGGUCAGUAUUUGCCCUGUGUAUGACCCAUGACUGCACGCUGAGGCAGGAAGCCAUGGCAUGAGAACUUAGAGGUUACCAAGUUUCUACUGACGUAGACUGGUGUGACCAGAACAAUGUCGAACGUCAGGAACUGGGUCGGGUUUUUCCUGUUGGGAGCUAUCAACAACUUACCCUAUGUCAUCAUCAACUCAGCAUCGAAGACGAUAGCUCAGAGUUUUGGAGUGCAGAAUUUUGUGGGGCUGGUGUUUGGGGCAAACGUGUCUCUAGCUGCAUUUGUCAGAAUGCUUAAUGCAUUUGUCCUUCUGAAGACCCCAUAUUGGAUCAGAAUAUUUGCUAAUGGAGUUCUAAUGCUACUGGGUUUGUUUGGGGUGGCAUAUGCUUUCAACUUUCCAUUUGCUCUGGCAUGCAUUGUAGUUGCUGGGAGUAGUGCUGCAUUUGGAGAAAAUGUGACCCUCGGUUACCUGUCCCUGUUUCCCAGUAAGCUGGUCAAUGGUUGGUCCAGUGGAACAGGCAUGGCUGGGUUACUGGGUGCUGGACUCUACAUUAUAUUUGGUUGCUCAGUUGGCAGUGGUGGUGGCAAAGCAGAUCACUUGAAGUACUUGAACAAGAUGGCUUUUCUUCUGACCACACCUGUUGUCUUGAUCUACUGGGUCUCCUAUGCUAAGAUCAUCCAGAGACCAAGUCAGGCAAGAGAACCAGCAGAAUCACAGCCUACAGAAGAUGCAGAGGAGAGGAAAGCCCUUCUGGACAACUCUAUAAACACAGGACAAGAAAUCCUGGGAGAAACCUACAUGGGCAGGGUAUGGCGCUGCCUGAAACUGGUGCUGUGGUUAGCUGUCAAUCUCGGCCUGGUGUACCUAUUUGAGUAUGUAGCAAGAGCCUGUGCUGCCAAAGUACGACCCAGAAAUGAGUACAACAUCGGCUGCCCAGAGCUGUACUCUGCUCUCCAGUUCUGCUAUCAGGCAGGUGUGUUUGCCUCCCGGUCAUCUCUACAGAUUGUUCAGAUCAGAAGAGUGGAGAUUCUGACCUUGCUUCAGGGAAUCAACAUGGUGGUGUGGGUGGUGGAUGUCCAUUACAAAUUCCUGCCAGUCUGGAUUCUCCCAGCAUACAUGAUAUUUGUGGGACUUAUGGGAGGUGCCUCCUACGUGAACAUAUUCUACCUCCUGCUGAAAGACUCCCAGUUUCCAGACGAGGACAGAGAGUUGUGUAUCAACAUAACAGCACUCUUCAGUACCAUAGGUAUCGCGACUGGUUGCGGGGUGGAGACAGCUCUAUUCACCACAGUUCUCAGUAAGGACUGAUAGUGAUAGUCAAUCAAGUCAGAAAUUCCCAUUCCUCUAAAAAAUGAAUUUCAUACAAAAUAUGACACUGAAAAUCUGUUAAUUGAAACUUGACAUAGGAUGAUGUUUUGGGGGAUCAAAGUUGUCAAAAAUAUAUGGUUGUACGUAAUGUAUGAUUCAACUGUUGUGCAAUAAUUUUCAAAAGAAUCUUGCCAAAACUUUGUCGAAACAUUUUGUAAUGACGAAUUUAUCAUUAGAUCAGUGUACACUUUUUAUAAUGGUGUAUUCAAAAUGUUAGGGACCAUAGCAUAAUACAAAAUAAUGUCAUGUAACACUUGAAAAUUUAACAGCUGUGGUGUAAAAAUCUCUACUUGUCGAAUUGUGUCAAACUCCUGAACAAAUAUUAAUAUAGAAUGGCUAAUUGCUAUAUCUACAAAGUACCUUUGAGUUGCAUGGCAUACUAAUUUAGACAUGGAUAACAGUUCUGUAGUCAAGAAGUCGAGUUUAAAAAACUAUUUUUAUCCGGUUACAUUACGUAUAUGAGUCAUCUCUCUCUCUCACUAGAAACAAAAUCAGUUUGGCCUUAAGAACAUAAAUCAUGCUGGCAUUUGACUCCGGUGUUGUCAUUUUGAUGGACUGCACAAAGAAACCUGACCCAUUCUGGCUGCUGAAUGGUCCCAGGGGCACCCUUACAGGGCUGAGCGAUGGUUCCCUUCUGAUUACAAUUGUGCCCUGAUUGCAACCAUUCCACCACCUGUAAUGACCCAUACAUUCAUCUGACAUUCAUCAUGUCAAAUACAUGAAGAAUUUUAUCCUGCUUAUACACAGCACACACAUUAACGACAAAACAAACUUAAAACAGGCAUGUACUAUAAUGUUCAUAUAUACUUUAUACAAAAUGUCAUCAUAGAUACAUACAUAAUGAAAGUGCUGUGAACAAGACAGUAGUUUGGAAUACAAAGUUACAUGAUUGUAAAUAUUGCACAAAAGAAGUACUCCAGAAAAUAAUGUUUCUCCUUAGCACAACCAAGUGACUAGUUCAUGGAAAACAAACUAAACAUAGGUUGUGGUCAGUUAUUUGUCAUAAAAGUCCAAGUUGUCCUGUACUUUUUAUGUAUAAUCUUAGCUUCUGCAUCAAAACAAUGAGUGUACAUUUCAAUAAGUGAAUCAGGUCUUACAAGUUGAACAUGUUCUUA